UCCAAUCCGAAGUCAAUCCAAAGUCUGCUGUCGAUGUCUGCGUUUGUUUUGUUUGUGUGCAAACCGACCUUGUUUGCCGGCAGUUUAGUGUGUAAAUCGUGCGUGAGGAACAGUCUUCGUUCUCUGGUGCCUUCGAACUGGCUCUGCUCAUCAAAUUUCGCUGGCAGCGUGGCGUCACAUGACGGCGCAGGAAUGUCGGGCGAGCCGCAGGGCGCUGCAUGCGAGCGGCCACCUGCCAGCCUCGAAGAGUCGUACAGGCGCUGCUUCGUGGGCGGCGACCUGUCGGCGCAGUACAAAGUGGCAAGACCCGUAGUGCCGCAUGCGAUGGUUGCAGACAUCGUCGAGUACGCGAACCAAACGGUUUCAUGCAAGGAUGGUGUUUGCGUCGACGUCGGAUGCGGUCCUGGACAGAGCACGGAACGUUUUUGUCCGCACUUUAGGAAGGUCGUGGGCACCGACAUUAGUGAGACACAGAUCGGCAUAGCACGAGCAGCUUGCACCGCCAAGAACGUGAGCUUCGAGGUGGCCAACGCCGAGUGCCUUCCCUUCGACGCCGGCUCCGUGGCACUGGUGUCGACGGUGAAUGCGCUGCACUGGUUCCACUGGGAUUCGUUCUUCGCCGAGGUUCGCCGGGUGCUGGUCGACGGCGGCGUGUUCUGCCCGUCGCUGUACCGGCUGCGCGCCGUGGCCGAGCCUGGACUCGAGGACUGCCUCGAGGAGUUUCGGUACCAGGAGUUUAAGGGCUACCUGACUGCUCAACACGACUUCUGGACGUACGGCUACGAGAAGACGGAGGUCCCCUUCAGUGACGUUCGCAAGAAGGACUUUCCAGUGAAAGAGAAGACGACGUUGUCGGCAAUAAUGGCAUGUGUGAGGACGUGGAGUUUUGUGAUACGAAUGGAAGAAAAGGAACCCGAGCGUGCCAAACAGGCUCUCGAGAGACUAGAGGCAAGAAUUCGCUCGAAACUUGGCAAGCCCGAUGAAGAUGAUCCUGAAGUUCAAGUAGCCUACAGAGCAUCUUACAUCCUGUGUCGAAAGUAAUACACUUGGAGAAUGAUAAGAAUAGGCUCGUGCGCGUGCGUCGGGUUCAGUAAAUGCCUUAAUCGAACACGUAAAAUAUGUUUGUCUCGCACAAUUCUGUGGAGGGGACCAAUAAACUUCUCACUUACAGUUUACG